CAGAACUGAAUUGGGAGAAUUCUUCAUUAUUUUAAAUGUGAAGAUUUCAUCACUAACAUCUGUAUGUUCAUACAUCAACUUCCAAGAAAUAAUAAAGCUCAUCAGUGGCAAUAACUGUUUUUGGCAUACACUGACAUUUGUUUGGAAAAAAACCCAGACAACAACCAAAUAAACAAAAAACCACCAAUAGACAAAAACCCAACAAACUUUUUGAAGACUUGUGUCAAAUGACGUCAAUGGCCAGUUUGUUCUCCUUUACUAGCCCAGCUGUAAAGCGUCUGUUGGGCUGGAAACAAGGAGAUGAAGAGGAAAAAUGGGCAGAAAAAGCUGUUGAUGCUUUGGUAAAAAAGCUGAAAAAGAAAAAGGGUGCUAUGGAAGAACUGGAGAAAGCCUUGAGCAGUCCAGGACAGCCUAGCAAGUGUGUUACUAUCCCCCGCUCUUUAGAUGGACGACUUCAAGUUUCUCACAGAAAAGGCCUUCCCCAUGUAAUUUACUGUCGUGUUUGGCGUUGGCCUGAUCUACAAAGCCAUCAUGAGUUGAAGCCAUUGGAUAUUUGUGAAUUUCCUUUUGGAUCUAAACAGAAGGAAGUCUGCAUCAAUCCAUACCACUAUAAGAGGGUGGAGAGCCCAGUUCUACCUCCAGUGUUAGUGCCUAGACAUAGUGAAUUCAAUCCACAGCACAGUCUACUAGUUCAGUUCAGGAACCUAAGCCACAACGAACCACAUAUGCCACACAACGCGACAUUUCCAGAUUCUUUCCAGCAGCCCAACAGCACUCCAUUUUCCAUUUCGCCAAACAGUCCCUAUCCACCUUCUCCAGCCAGCAGCACUUACCCAAGCUCCCCAGCUAGCUCUGGACCGUCUAGUCCCUUUCAGCUACCGGCUGAUACUCCACCUCCUGCAUAUAUGCCCCCUGAUGAUCAAAUGGGGCAGGAUAAUUCUCAAUCUAUGGACACAAGCAAUACAAUGAUCCCUCAAAUCAUGCCAAAUAUAUCUACUAGAGAUGUUCAGCCUGUUGCCUAUGAAGAACCCAAACACUGGUGUUCGAUUGUGUAUUACGAAUUAAAUAAUCGCGUUGGGGAGGCUUUUCAUGCAUCUUCUACAAGUGUCUUAGUAGAUGGGUUUACAGAUCCCUCCAAUAAUAAAAACAGGUUCUGCUUAGGUUUGCUCUCAAAUGUGAAUCGCAACUCCACAAUUGAGAACACUAGACGACAUAUUGGAAAAGGAGUUCAUCUCUACUAUGUUGGUGGGGAAGUCUAUGCCGAGUGUUUAAGUGACAGCAGCAUCUUUGUACAGAGCAGGAACUGCAACUACCACCAUGGCUUUCAUCCGACAACUGUAUGCAAGAUUCCUAGUGGAUGCAGUCUGAAAAUUUUUAACAAUCAGGAGUUCGCUCAGCUUUUAGCUCAGUCUGUCAACCAUGGAUUUGAAGCAGUAUAUGAGCUCACCAAAAUGUGCACCAUUCGAAUGAGUUUUGUAAAGGGCUGGGGAGCUGAAUAUCACCGACAAGAUGUCACGAGCACCCCAUGCUGGAUAGAAAUUCAUCUUCAUGGGCCUCUCCAGUGGCUGGAUAAAGUACUUACACAAAUGGGUUCUCCUCUUAAUCCCAUCUCAUCUGUUUCAUAGUGCUGAAAUUCCAUCUUCAGCCUUAUUUUUUUAGUGAACUUAUUCUAAUUUUAGAGAAACUUCCAGCGUGGAUACUGUGAGCUAUGUGGAGGAUGGAUCUUAUGAUUUAACUUUUUUUUUUUUAAAAUCCCUUUGUGACCAAUUUCAUUGUGUAUAGCUAAUCAUUUUUACAUUUCAAUUUGUUCUUGUGAUGCUUAAGUGACAGUUGAGCCCUAAGAGGAAAAAAAAGUAUUGAAAAAUUCAGAACCCUUUUCCCCUCCUUUGAGUAGAACUUAACCAGGCAUAUGUCUUAACUGGAAAAUCUUUUUCCUUUUGUCCUGUAGGGACAGGAAUUAUGAAGACUGACUUCAGAAAAUAAAUACAUAUCAUAGUUUGGGAUUUUUUAUUUUUAAAACGUUUAUGAUACUGUUUGAACAUGUGCAGCUCCAGCUUACAAGCUGUAUUUUUAGCAUAGUUGUUUAACAUCUUAAGGUUGACAUCUGUCAUAAGCAAA